AUGGAUCACACCCCACAACCGCUCUCUCACUCGGAGCCUGAAGUGCCUACGAUCGUUCCCAUUGCAGCCCGCGAAGAAUCCACCCUCCCUCCGGCGAGCUAUCACAACGGCUACAGCAGCGACUCUCGCGCCCAUUACGAAUAUCACACUCCGACCCAGGACCCCCAGCCGCAAGCCCCGACGUCGUCGAGAGCGAGCUCCGGAUUAUCAGUCACCCAGAACCAGAAGCAGCCGUCCCAGUCAACGAAAAACAGCGUGGUGAUCAAGGUUGGCAUGGUCGGAGAUGCACAGAUCGGAAAAACCAGCUUGAUGGUGAAAUACGUCGAGGGCAGCUGGGACGAAGAUUAUAUACAAACACUGGGCGUCAACUUUAUGGAGAAAACAAUUUCGAUCCGGAAUACGGAGAUUACAUUUUCGAUCUGGGAUUUGGGUGGCCAGCGCGAGUUUGUCAACAUGCUUCCCCUAGUGUGUAACGAUGCCGUCGCCAUUCUGUUCAUGUUCGACCUCACUCGCAAGAGCACCCUGAAUUCGAUCAAGGAGUGGUACCGACAAGGCCGUGGGUUCAACAAGACUGCGAUUCCCUUCUUGGUGGGCACCAAGUACGAUCAUUUUGUCAAUUUCCCCCGGGAGGACCAGGAAGAGAUUUCAAUCCAGGCCAAACGAUUUGCGAAGGCGAUGAAGGCCAGUUUGAUCUUCAGCAGUACCAGUCACAGUAUCAAUGUGCAAAAGAUAUUCAAAAUCGUCCUCGCCAAGGCUUUCGACCUGAAAUGUACAAUCCCAGAGAUCGAAAACGUCGGCGAACCUCUGUUGCUGUAUAAGAAUGUCUAA